AUGUUUCUUAAUCCUGAAAUGAUAAAAGAAGCAUAAGACUCUUCUUCAAUUUAAAAUUCAUAAUUAAGUUCAAGACAGCAAAAUAAAUAAAGGUCCAAUAAUUAGAGUCGAUUUUAAGCAAAACAAAAAGACGAACCAAAAUCAAAUAAUAAACCUUUGAGUAGAAUUUAAUAAGUAAACUGUAAUCUUAUGGCUCUAGAGAGAACUUGAAAUUCAAAAAAAGUAGAUAGAGUCCUAAAUUUAAGAUAAUAAUGAAAUGGUUGAAAGUAUAGUACAAUUUGAUUCAGAUGAUGAAUAAAAUGGAGCAAAUUAAAUUAUAAAUCCUCUUAUUCUAAAUUAAUAGGAACAUGAAGAAUAAAUUGUAUAUAUAUUUCAUAUUUUGAGUAAUAAUAACAAGUUAUGCAAUCUAAACCUAAGAUAUUUGAUUCAAUCAGCGCAUUAUAAAAUAAUACUUAUUAUAAAAAGAAAUUAGGUCAAAAUGAGUCUUCUUAUGGUUAAGACUAUGAUUUUAAGAUGGAUUAAGUAAAUAAUUGCAACAUUUUUAGUUAACCAUUAUUGGAAACAAUCAUAAUUAGUAUUACGAACCUGGAUAUUAAAACAAUUUAUCAAAUGAUCUACCUUAACUUUAAAAAUAAAAUAAUAAUAUUUAAUUUGACUAUACAAAAAAAAAUUAAGAAAAAAAAUAUUAAUAAAAUUAAGAAGAAGCUUAAAUAAUAAAUAACCUUUCAAAAUAUCAAUAACUAAAUUAAAAUGAAGAAUUUAAUGAUAUUAUUCAGAUAGAUGGCAAUUAAUCUGAGAUUUGUUUUGUAAAUAAUGAUCAAUAAGAUAUGUAAAAUAACUCAAAAAAUGAAAAAGAAUAAUAAGAAAAAUUUAAUAAAGAUGAAAAUUCUUUUAAUGAAUUAAUUGAUAAACAAUAAUAAAUAAUAGAAAAACCAAAUGAAGAUUAAUAAUUAUAAUAAUAAUAAUAAUAAUAAUAAUAAUAAGAUUAAUAAUAAUAAAUCUAAUAAAAAUAAACCUCUCCAUAUCCAAAACCAUUAGCCUCAAUUUCAAUGCCACAUGGAAAUAAACAUUUUUUUUUAAAUCCUGCAUAGAAAGGAGGGAUGAUUUAAUGUACAAUAAAACGAGAUAGAAGUGGAAUGUGUAGAUUUUAUCCAAAAUAUCAUUUGCAUAUUUCAAAUGGAUUCUCUUACUUAAUGAGUGCAAAAAAAAGAGCAUGUAAUAAUACAAGCAAUUAUAUCAUUUCAUAAUCUAGAGAAGAUAUGGAAAAAAGUGAAAAUUUUUUAGGUAAAGUUAGGAGUAAUUUUAUGGGGACUGAGUUUGUAUUAUAUGAUUCAGGUUUAAAUCCAGAAAAAACAAAAGAUCCAUAAAAAUAUAGAUAACAAUUAGGAAUUGUUUAAUAUGAAAGUAAUAUACUUGGUACAAAAGGACCUCGUAAAAUGGUGGUAAAUCAUUUAAUUAAAUAAAGGUUUUAUUGCCAAAUUUAAAUGAAAGAGAUUAACUUUAUGAAUUCAAGCCUUCUAAUUCGAAGGAUGGAAUAUUAAAGGAAUAUUUAAAUAAUAAUAAAGAAUAAAUUGUCACAUAUGUUAAUAGGCCACCUUAAUGGAAUGCAAAACAUAAAGCAUUUGUUUUAAACUUUUAUUAAAGAGUUGAUAAACCUAGUGUUAAGAACUUUUAACUAAUAGUAGAUUAGAAAGAAGACAACAUAUUACUCUAAUUUGGUAGAGUUGGGGAAGAUCUUUUCAAUUUGGAUUUCUAAUAUCCUAUUACUCCACUUUAAGCAUUUUAAAUUGCAUUAACUAGUUUUGAUUACAAAAUUGCAUGCGAAUGA